CCUGGGUCGAUGCGUUGGGCACCCGACGUUGUUGCUGAAUUGCUCUUUUCAUAGCGGCGGAGUCGGGCGCCAUCAGCGGCGCGACUUCCUCCGAGUCUUCCAUUUCGUCGUACAUCAACGGCGUGGAAAACAACUCAAAUGGCGCCGUGUCUUUAACUUCGCCGACGCUACUGCCCUUGACAUGUUGCUCGCGGCGCCAGAGGAUCAACGACCCGAGAAACACUCCAGCAUACAACCCCGCUACAUUCACAUGAAGACUGUUCACCAUUGUGUCCAAGUAGGUGAUCAUGCAGUACCAUACCCGAUACAAAGCACGAGUUUGCAGACGAUUUUGGCGUGUGGACAUCGCGAAUGAAUUCCGGCUGGAGACGCAGCAGGGCUCCCAUACACAGCUACAGGCAUGCACAACGAGGGUACCCCGUGAGUGCGAUCGGGCAACUCAUCAAGUAGACCAGUGGCCGCGUACGCACCAAGAACAUGGUCCCUGCGAACGAGAAGAUGCUGCAGCAGAGGUAAGCUAUCCAUACAAAACCGUCAACACACAGGCAUGCCAUGGUCCACGACGGCGUACUCAUCUGGUUUCGCGAGGGGGGGGCGACGAUGGGAAUGAGGCCGACCGCGCCGUGUUCUUCGAAUCCUGAAUCGAAUGUCGAAUAAGUCGAAGGGUAUAGAGUGAAUGUUUUGACUUUCUAUUUGUAGGCAAAGCAAAAAACGCCACGUCGAUUGACCAAAUUCGCCGUUUGUAUGAAAGCCCCAUUACACUUGAUGUUUGUAUGUCUUACAUCCAAUGUUGUUGCCUCAAUUUCAGCCAAUCAAAAUGUGUGACAUUCCGAGUGACAAUUUGCUUGGCAGGCCGGGCGUGCAUUGAGGUGCACCCACGAUGUGGAAUUGCCGCGCCGCCUGCCGCCGCCACGCCUUGAUGCCACAGCAUGCGCAUCGAUGGCAAAUGAGACACGCUGCCCCGCUGUUAAUAAUUACUUUAUUCGUCCA